CGAUCCUGGGUGCUUGCUGGCCAGCCACACCUGCAGCUUCCCCCACUGGAUCCGGCCUACACAGCGGGGAGCAUUUCGCCAGGCUUGCUUGGCCCCGAACACCAGCUCGCUCUCCCGAAGCUGGCCGCAAGUUCAUCAUCGCCAACGCUCGGGUGGAGAACUGCGCCGUCAUCUACUGCAACGACGGCUUCUGCGAGCUGUGCGGCUACUCGCGGGCCGAAGUGAUGCAGCGGCCCUGCACCUGCGACUUCCUGCACGGGCCGCGCACGCAGCGCCGCGCGGCCGCGCAGAUCGCGCAGGCCCUGCUGGGCGCGGAGGAGCGCAAAGUGGAGAUCGCCUUCUACCGGAAGGAUGGGAGCUGCUUCCUGUGCCUGGUGGAUGUGGUGCCCGUGAAGAAUGAAGAUGGAGCUGUCAUCAUGUUCAUCCUCAAUUUCGAGGUGGUGAUGGAAAAGGACAUGGUGGGGAGCCCGGCCCAUGACACCAAUCACCGUGGCCCCCCCAGCAGCUGGUUGGCUCCAGGCCGAGCCAAGACCUUCCGCCUGAAGCUGCCUGCGCUGCUGGCCUUGACCGCCCGGGAGUCCUCCGCGCGGCCAGGCGGUGCGGGCAGUGCGGGUGCCCCGGGGGCUGUGGUGGUGGACGUGGACCUGACGCCUGCGGCGCCCAGCCGCGAGUCGCUGGCCCUGGAUGAGGUGCCGGCCAUGGACAACCACCUCACAAAGAGCCUGGUCUCCUCCUCAGCCUGCCCCCCGGACCCAGCUUUGCCCUCCACCCCCUGGGCCGUGCAACACCCCCCUUCCCCCGCCUGCCCCCUGAUGUGA